CUUGCUCGUCGUCGGGGCUCGAGCGUCGCGCGCAGUCUCUUCCGCGCAGAAGGUCGACAUUCGUCGCUGGAUUGGAGCUCGAUUUGAGCUCGAUUUGCCUGCUUUCGAUUCGAGGACGAGCGACCAUGGCUUCGACGAUGGUGGCUGCGGUUUGCGCCGUCCCAAGUUUCCGAAUGGCGGGUCCUCUCGAGUCCAGCUUCGUGCGACGAACGUCCUCCGCUAACUCGGGAUCCAAGCCAUGUACUGAACUUACAGGAGGCCGGAGGAAAUGUGCUGUUGUGACGAACGCGACGAACCAAGCGUCAACAUCUCAGGCAUCUGAACAACGUGCCUCCAAAGAAAAUGCAGGAGCUACAGGUUGAAAGGCGAAAUGAUCCCUUGCUCCUUCGAGUUGCUCGUGGUGAAGAUGCCGAGAGGACCCCAGUGUGGCUAAUGCGUCAAGCGGGGCGUUACAUGGCAGAGUUUCGAAAGUAUUCCCAAAGAUACCCAUUUAGACAAAGGUCGGAAACUCCGGAGAUUGCCAUAGAACUUUCGCUACAGCCUUGGCGGGCCUUUCAGCCAGACGGAGUGAUCAUGUUCUCAGACAUUCUGACUCCUUUACCAGCACUUGGCAUCGAGUUUGACAUGGUUCCGGGCAAGGGACCACUUAUUGCGUCCCCAAUGCGGUCAAUGGAUGACAUUCGUGCUCUGAGGCCUCUGGAUGAUCCAGACAAGUCCUUGCCGUUCAUACGAGAGAUACUCUCUUCCUUGAGAUCUGAAGUCGACGGCAAGUCCACCCUUCUGGGGUUUGUUGGCACACCAUGGACCCUAGCUGCAUACGCGAUGGAGGGCUCUGCUGAUAAGAACCUUCUGGCAACGAAGAGCAUCAUGUAUAAUGAUCCAGCGAUUUUGGAGGCCUUCCUGGAUCACUUGACAGAAGCACUUAUAACAUAUGUUUGUCACCAAAUUGACUGUGGGGCUCAGGUUGUCCAGCUUUUUGAUUCCUGGGCGCACCAUUUGUCCCCACAACAGUUCAAAAGAUUCAGUUUGCCGUAUUCAGAGGAGGUGAUUCGCAGAGUCAAGGAGAGAUAUCCAGAUACACCGCUUAUCUUUCACGCAAAUGGAGGAACUGGGAAGCUGCACCUUUUGGCUGAAGGCAGCAAAGCUGACGUAAUUGGCCUGGACUGGGGUACUGAGAUGCGAGAAGCUCGCUCUGUUCUUGGCAAGAAAAGAGUGCUUCAGGGAAAUGUAGACCCAAUGGUCUUCUUUGGAUCUGACGAUGCAAUCCGAGAUGCGGUCGAGCAGUGUUUGACUGAAGCCGGAGGUAACCAACAUAUUCUUAAUGUCGGUCACGGGGUGAUUCAAGGCACUCCCGAGGAGAAGGUGCUGCUGUUUUGCCAACUAGCUAGGGAGAGUGGAAAUCGGCAUAAUGUACAAACAUCUGCUUCCAAGCAAGAGCAGGUUUUGAUAGGUUAAAUCAUUCUCCCUACUCAGUUCCACUGUAGAUAUGUCAAGGCGUAUGGCAAGGGGCCCUAUCUCACUUUGAAAAAACCAGCAAAAGCCUCGGCGGGAUGAUUUAGUUUUGGAUUGCAGAGUUAGGACUUUGCGUAGUGGCGAUUACGAAGUCAAUGUGGCAGCCGUUCUUUAUGCUCGCCAGUUUAUACUGUUCAAUGAAUUUAUGCUCUAUUUUGCUCCACACUGCUGCUAGAGCAAUAGCGACUUUUGUCAACCGUCCUAUGAAACCUAGGUACAAAGUAAAAUCAUGACGUUGAUGCUUACGGAGAAUUGAAUGUACCCUUGUGUCCACCUUAUCUCUACCUGCG